CGUUCGGUUCGAUUUUUGUCUCGGUUCACACCGCACAAAGCAGAACAUCCGUCGCACACAGCACAACAAACCCCCGAUGCCGGUCCCGCGCUCUCACCUGCUUCACUCCAGCGAUCUGAUCGCUCUGCAUCCUACCCGUCCUCCCACUGAGGCCGGCGCUUUCCUCCCGACCGGCGCAAGGCCUCUAUCGGUCACGGACAUGCUCGCCGGUCGCUCGGCCACCCACGAACCAGCUCCUCGCUCCGUCACACACAUACCCGCCCCUCCCAUCCGCCGCCAGGCCAUCCUCCCAGUUUGCCCCGGCCAAGUCAUUGCCCUCCGCUUCUCGUCCUGGUCGCCGGUCCAUGCGGCUCUCAAGAAGACGGGCUACGACGACUCGCCCGAUCUGCAUUACGCCAAGGGCGCGCGCCCGGCAAUUGUUCUUCGAUGCGCGAUGGACGAGUUGAACGAAGUCGUUGCCCUUACAGUGCUGCCCAUCGCCUCGUUCGGGCGGAAGAAGGAUAAGAAGCAUAUUAGCUGGGCGCUGCAGGACUACGUUCUUCGCGCGCGGCAGGCAGAUGAUCAGGUCGACACGACCCCCAACAACUCUAGUCUCACCUUCGACGGAACCGUCCUCAUUAACGGCCUCGACUGCUCGACGUCCUGGGUCAUCGCCCUCCCCUUCGACAUCAUCGCCGCCGGCGCCGAUAUCUGGUCUAUAGUUCCGUACUACGAUAGCGUUAUCAACAAGAAUAGUUCAACGACCAAGAAAGCUUUCGUAUCAGAAGCUACCCUGCGCGCGCUCAUCAAGUUCGCGGACAAGAAUCGCGACACGUUCAUCGGUGAGUUGAAGAAGAACCCUGAUUUUGCGGAGAGUGUGAGGUAUGAGAUGUAUCUCUCUGUUCUCCCGCCCGGUCAUCCUAUUCCCCCGUCCAGGAUAUCUCUCGCGCCGCUGAAAGCGACUCACUACCACGCCGGGAAGCUGUUCACAGACUCCUCAUCCUCAUCCUCUUCUACUAGCCAUAUUGUCGCCAUACCUCGCGACUUGAGCGAUACAGCCCCUAAUGACCUCGAUGCCGCCUCCCCUCCACCCGGGAUCCCAACCUUCCGGCCCCGUCGCCCACUCCCUCCGAUCCCCAUCAUCCCCAAGAGCGAUCACCCGAAUCAAACUACGCCGACGGCUCAAUGUGUGUUUCCCGCGCCGAAGAGUACUUCGUCGGUGAUUCUCAAGAGGCAGGCGCCGCUCGUCCUCGGUCGUCCUGCAUUCCACGCCGAAGACGAAUACCUUGUCUCUUCCGCUGAUAUGGUCUCCACCGCCGUGGACAAUGAGCCCACCACGCCGACGAAGCUCUCGCACGCUCCGCUCACACCUGCCCCUCGCACGCCGCCCAAGCGCUCCUCUGACACGCUCCUCCCAUCGCGCCCCUCGAAACGUAGGUCGGACGGCUGGAGGUCUCGUAGAAUCGAGCGGUCACCAUCGCCAUCACCGUCGCCUGCUUCGCGCAGAGUCAAGGAGAUAUCCACGUUAGCGUCGGUGUCGACAACUCCUCGUCGGGAAACUCAGCUCGUGUCAGGUCUGCCACGUCAUACGGGUACGAUGUUGGAAGCGAUGGAAAGGCUCCACGCUCGCGAUUCGAUGCAGAGGUUUCACCCUGGCAAGUCGAUGGAGAAGAUACCUAUGCUGGUGUCGCAUCGCCCAUCUGCGUUGAAGGCGCGCCCUCUGCGGACGCCGCCCUCCGAGAGCUUGAGGUCUAUCGAGAGCGACAAGCGAGUGGACCACCCGCAGCUGAAGAUAGCCGACAUCCACCCCGCUUCCUCUGGUACCCAGUCCGCCCCCGCCGAUGAACUCUCUCAGCCAGCGGCUACCUCGUCGACUCCCGAGCCUGAGGCUCCAGUAAUCACCCAGACGCUCGCCGAAGCGUGCUCCUCCUUCGCUUGGGCCCAGUCUUCCUUCUCUGCGUCGACGACUCUCUAUGUCGCCAGACCAUCGUUGACGUCCACCGCCAAGCCAUCGUCGACUGACGAACAAAACCUUCAGAAGCGUAAAUCGGUCAGCGCCCCAUCCGAGAAUCCUACGAAGCGGCUGCGCGGGGCGGAGGAAGAGAGUGCUCGGGAAACAACUGCUUGACUGGUCGAUAAUCUCGGUUCUUCCGACUACCUGAUUUUCAGGCUUGGUAUAAUGCUUAACCUCUCGUGUUUGCACACACUCGACAUCUUUCGUCAUCUCCAUCCCCUGUAGCCCAUCCACUAUCCUUGUCCCGAUUUCCUGUCUGUCGUCCACGUGCACUGUAUCCGUAUCUCGCAUAGAGCACCCAUCUGUGUCUAUAUCUCACCCUUCCCACUCACGCUCAUUACACCAUCCUCCUAUCCUUCUUCCUCAUGCUCUUCUCCCACUCUCACUCGCACAUACUAAUUUAUUUCUUAUUUAUCGCGCUGGUCGCAGCCAUGCUCACCAUAUGCCCAUCAUGCUCACCCAUAUACCUACCCAUAUACCCGUCAUAUGCACUCAUGUACCCACCAUAUGCACGCGUCUUCUUCCUGCUCGACUAGCCCUGCGUUCUGUACAUAUCCUCGGCCAAUGUUGUUCACGCUCUUUCAACCCAUAGCAUCCCCAGACUUAU